CUCCCCUUGGCGUCGCGACUUUUAUUUUGAAAUCCCACCGGAAAUAGAAGCUAUCCAGCAUUAGCUUGAUGCUAGCUUUCCUUUUGGACUCCCACUGAAAUAUCUGCGUUGUCAGACACUCCGCAUGGUAAUAAGGACCAGCGUCAACAACUAGACUAUUCCCUGACAUGACUCGGAGCAGACUGGAUGCUUGAAGAAAAGCAUGGCUGUGUUUCAGCACUCCCGAGUGCUUCUGGAGCUGAAAAAUGUCCCUUUCAAGGAGAAACUGGCGCUGAAGUCGGCAGUGAGAGACAACGGAGGCUGCAUCUGCUUUGUGGUCAAUGAGGAGUGCUCUUUGGUAGUGACGAGCGAUGUGUCCAACCUGAGCUCCAACAGGCUGCGCAGCAUCCAGAAAUACCAAAUACCAGUGGUUGGGUUGGAUUACGUGCAUAAGUGUGUGGAGAAAGGUGUUCUUCUUCCUGUGGAUGAAUACAAGCUGGACACUUCCCCUCCCGCUGCUCCUUCACCUCCUUCACCUCCCUCCUCAUCAGAGACGAGUCCAACCGCACAAGAGUCCAAAGUAGUCUGUGAGCCGCUCAAAGGUCCUGCAAAGCCUGCGAAACCUGCCAGCCUGACUCAGAAGGCAGAGACGCCAAAAGAGGGCGUGCAAGUCCGGGGAAAGUUCAGACACUACACUGAAACUGACCCCGACCUUCCAACCUUCCCGGAUGACUUUCAUGUGGCCAAGUAUUCAAUCUUUGAGAAGGAACAAAGCAAAACUUGGUAUGCGCUGGAGCUUCAGAGUUCCAAAGGAGAGAAAGGAUGGCAGUACCGUGUGGUCCGAUCCCGGAAGGACGAUGUACUCUCCAAGAAGGCCGCGCUGAGGGACACGCUAGUGUUUCUGUCCACAUCAGAGGAGGCUCUGGAGGUGUACAAGGACCUGAGAGAGACCAUGUCGAAGUCUGGCCUGAAGCUGAGGAGCAACUUCCCUCCGCAGGCCCAGGCGCUGGGCUCUGAUCCGCUCCAGCAGCUGCUGCUGGAGGAGAAGCUGAACACUGGAAGCUCCUCAGAAGAAGUGAAUGGGUUUGUGCAGCUGCUGUGGAUUGAGGCUCUGGACUGCCUUGACAACACGCACAGAGUAGCCCCCAACAAAGUCAGCCUGAACGACGUGAGCAGGGUGGAGGGCCUGUUGCUUCAGGCUCAGAGGAAGCUGAAAGAGAAAAAGCAUGCUGAAGUGGCGUCUCUGAUGGACGAAGUUUACACCUUGCUGCUACAGAAAGUGCCGCCUCCGCCCCCCACUGCAAAGCUCAUCUCUGAGAAACUGGACCUCUGUCAGCUACUCCGAGACGUGGUGAGUGUGAGAGAGAUAAUGCUGAUUAGUGACAGGCAUUUGUCUCUGGGGAUGUACCGCGCUCUGAGGUGCAGCAUCGAGGUGGUUCCCCCUGGCAGCUCAGAGUUUCAGGCUGUGACCUCUCCACUAAUGCACAGCACCAGGCAGAUCAAACAGGUUCUACGUGUCAGCAGAGGGCUGGAGCUCCAGACAUUUAAAGGUGAGCUCGGGAACAUUAGGUCCCUCCUGCAUUCCACCAGCCCAAGCAACUUUGUUGGAGUCCUUUCUCGUGGUCUGCUGCUGCCCCGCGUUGGAGUGGAGCGUCAUGGGAUUGAGAGGACAGACAUUGGUAACCUGGGAAGUGGAAUCUACUUUAGUGAUACCAUGAGUACCAGUUUGAAAUACUCCAAGCAGUGCAAGACAGACGGCUCCCGGCUGAUGCUGGUGUGCGACGUGGCGUUGGGAAACACCAAGGACGUCUACAAGAGACACCUCACGCUGACCGAGGCUCCCGAGGGGUACAACAGCGUGCACGGUGUCCGAUUAAGCCGUGGCAAUGGCUCCAACUUUUUGGACGAUGAGUACGUGGUGUACAGUCCUGAUCAGGUGAAACUGAAGUAUGUGGUUCAGUUCAGCAUCGAGGGAGACGAACUGAAGGAGUUCUGUCCUGAAGUAAGCACCCCAUCUGAGCCCUCCACUCUGCCCUCCACUAACCACGAGCUCACUGCAGAGGAUGACGGGGUUGAAAGCGUUAAAAACCCACUGGAGGGUGUGACAGCUGGACUGUUGGACAGCUCUGGGCAGCAGCUCCCUCUGCAGGCUGUGAAUGUGAAGUGCAAGCUGUUGGAUCUGCUCUCUCAGGUCAUCAUUUUCCAAACAUACACCAAUAAGAGCUCUGUGCCCAUUGAGGCAAAGUACGUCUUCCCGUUGGAUGAUUCUGCAGCUGUGUGUGGAUUUGAAGCUUUCAUCAAUGGGAAGCAUGUAGUUGGACAGGUGAAGGAGAAGGAGAAGGCUCGAAAGGAGUACAAGCAGGCCAUAGAGAAAGGUCACGGAGCGUACCUCAUGGACCAGGACGCCCCGGAUGUGUUCACCAUCAGUGUGGGAAAUCUGCCGCCCGGUGCAACCGUCCUCAUUAAAGUUACCUAUGUGACCGAGCUGAUCGUCAAGGAUGGAAGUAUUCUCUUCAGUCUGCCUGGAAGUGUGGCUCCAUGGCAGGAGAGCGCAGCACUCAACCAGACCACACAAGUCACUGUGGAGAAGGUUUGUGUGACCGAUGAGGCAGCGAGUACAAGAGAGUUCACCCUGGACGUGUCAGUAGAGAUGCCGUUUCAGAUCUCCCAGCUGAGGUGCCUCACUCACAAAAUCAACAUCAAGAGAACAGACUGUAAGGCGGUAGUGAGUGUGCUGCCAGGAGAGGUCAUGAGUCCAGAUGGUUUCCAGCUGUCAGUCACUCUAUAUGAGUCCCACCUGCCCAGGAUGUGGGUGGAGAAACACCCUGACAAGGACAGCCAGGCCUGCAUGUUGGUUUUUUAUCCCAAUUUUGACACUGACUCCGGUUCGGCAUCCGAUGAGGUCGUCCUGUUGAUCGACACAUCUGAGUCCAUGAAGGGAGAGUCGCUGCGCAUGGCUCAGAAGAUCGCCCUGCAGGUCCUCAAAAACCUAGAUCACAAGCUCAGACUCAACGUCAUCUUAUUUGGCUCAGAUCACAAGGAGGCUUUCUUGACAGCCCAGCCGCUUGAUGAGGCUCAUCAGGCAGCCAAGAGCUUCCUCAAGUCCUUCACUCCAGUAGGUGGCAGCACUGAACUGUGGCGACCCCUGCGAGCUCUCAGCCUGCUGCCUCCCUCCCGCGGUGUCAGGAACCUGCUGCUUCUGUCAGAUGGCCACAUCCAAAACAGUGAGCCCACCUUGAAGCUGCUCCGAGACAACGUUCAGCACAGCCGCCUCUUCACCUGCGGCCUCAGCCCAACAGCCAAUCGGCACAUGCUGAGAGCCCUGGCCCAGGCAGGGGGCGGAGCCUACGAGUUCUUUGACACAAAAACCAAACACAAUUGGGCAGAAAAGGUUGCGAGUCAGUUGAAGCGUAUGGCGUCUCCUGGCUGUAGCUCAGUGUCAGUGAAGUGGCAGCAGUUUAACCCAACAGCGCCCCUUCCUGUGCAAGCCCCCAAGCAGCUCCAUGCUCUGUUCAAUGACUGCCACACACUGGUGUAUGGCUUUGUGCCACACUGCACUCAGGCCACACUGCUUGGAAACCUGAGCGGUCAGGAGCUCAACACCAUGGUCUCCACCAGUGAGCUGCAGAAGACCAAGGGCACGUUUCUUCACAAGCUCACCGCAAGAGCCGUCAUCAGGGAUUAUGAAGACGGGAGUCUGGACACCAAUGAGGCUGAGCAUGAGGGGAAGAAGGCGGAGUUGAAGAACUUUGUUGUUGAACUGAGUAAAGAGUUCUCCAUCCUGUCUCAGUUCACCAGCUUCGUGGCCAUCGAGGAAAGGGACUCAGAUCAAACAGAGGAGGGCUUCACAGACAUCCCCAAGCUGAUUGCAGAGGAAGAUGUGGACUUCCUCUCCUACCUCAGCUGGACCUCUCCUGACGACAGUAAAAGGGAAAGAGGGGAAGUUCUUCGCGUUGUUGAUGAUUCCGGAAGUUCUUCAGAGGAGUUUGAAGAAGAGGGUGGUGGUAUGAUGUUUUCACGCAUGGAUACAGUAAUGAAAGCAGAAGACGAUGACGAUGGAGAAGAAGAAGAUGGAUUCCCAACCUCGGAUAUCUCUACUGAUGGGAGUUUUCCUGAAGAAUCAACCUCUCCGAAAACAAUGGCUAUGAUUACUCGUCAGGUUAAUCUUGCACGGAGCAGAUCAUCUAUGGAACCACGUCCCCGUAUGUCCUUACAAUCAGCCUAUACGGAAUAUGAAACCAGGGACUCAGAUCAAACAGAGGAGGGCUUCACAGACAUCCCCAAGCUGAUUGCAGAGGAAGAUGUGAACUUCCUCUCCUACCACAGCUGGACCUCUCCUGACGACAGUAAAAGGGAAAGAGGGGAAGUUCUUCUCGGUGUUGAUGAUUCCGGAAGUUCUUCAGAGGAGUUUGAAGAAGAGGGUGGUGGUAUGAUGUUUUCACGCAUGGAUACAGUAAUGAAAGCAGCAGACGAUGGAGAAGAAGAAGAUGGAUUCCCAACCUCGGAUAUCUCUACUGAUGGGAGUUUUCCUGAAGAAUCAACCUCUCCGAAAACAAUGGCUAUGAUUACUCGUCAGGUUAAUCUUGCACGGAGCAGAUCAUCUAUGGAACCACGUCCCCGUAUGUCCUUACAAUCAGCCUAUACGGAAUAUGAAACCAGGGCUAUGAUUACUCGUCAGGUUAAUCUUGCACGGAGCAGAUCAUCUAUGGAACCACGUCCCCGUAUGUCCUUACAAUCAGCCUAUACGGAAUAUGAAACCAGGGAUAUCUCUACUGAUGGGAGUUAUACUGAUUACAAGAGGACAACGAGAUUAAAAGAAUCAGCCUCUCCGAAAAAAAAGAGUCCAAGGGUCGAGACACAAGUGAAGACACUUAAGCACAAACAGUUGGAAAAAUAUUCUAAAGAAGUGGAUAUGUUGGAGUUCAGUUCUCCUUUAACUUUAUGUUGUGCUGCGCUUUCUCCUCCUUCUCCACCCUCCACUGGUUUUCAGGCCAAAGCAUUUGAUGCUCCACCUCCUCCUCCUCCACCCUCCACUGCUUUUCAAGCCAAAGCAUUUGAUGCUCCACCUCCUCCUCCUCCACCCUCCACUGCUUUUCAAGCCAAAGCAUUUGAUGCUCCACCUCCUCCUCCUCCACCCUCCACUGGUUUUCAGGCCCAAGCAUUUGGUGCUCCCCCUCCUCCUCCUCCAUCCUCCACUGGUUUUCAGGCCCAAGCAUUUGGUUCUCUUCCUCCUCAACCCUUCACUGGUUUUCAGGCCCAAGCAUGUGGUGCUCCUCCUCCUCCACCCUCCGCUGGUUUUCAGGUCAUAGCAUUUGGUGCUCCUCCUCCUCCACCCUCCACUGGUUUUCAGGCCCAAGCAUUUGGUGGUCCCCCUCCUCCUCCAUCCUCCGCUGGUUUUCAGGCCCAAGCAUUUGGUGGUCCCCCUCCUCCUCCAUCCUCCGCUGGUUUUCAGGCCCUUGCCACUUUUGCAGUAAAAAAAAAAGCUUUGCACCUUGAUGCAGAAGUGAGUUCCUCUGUUGAUGUUCUCCAUGCCUUUGACGAGGAUGGAUACAGCUCAGGCUCUGGGCUUCAUAGAACCGGGAUUACUAUUGGGGGCAUUGAACCAAGUUCGAAAAGUUUAAGUUUCAGAGGCUCUGCAGCUCUGCCUCAAGUAAAACUCCUUGAUUUAGACAAAAUACUUCCAUCAAGGAGAAGUUUGAAGUUCAGAUGUGGUGUUCAAGAUUUGGAGGACGAGAGUGAGACAGCACCUAUGGCAGGUCAAUAUCAGUCCAAUUCAAGGAUGUUGAUCCGAAAUGAUGGAAAAGCGAGGAGGCAAGGAAGACGUGAAUCACAAGGUUUUACUGGGAUACGUAAGCUGCGAGGAGAGUAUGGAGGACAGAUGCUCAGGUGGACAAAGAUCUUCCAGCUGCAGCAUUCAGAAGGAUACUGGGAGAUCACCACAGAGCUGGGUGAAUACAUAAACGUGGACGUGGAGCUGUUCGCCAACGUGUUCCUGAAAGACAAGGGCAUCAACUCCCUGGGUGAGAGGGCCCGUGCUGACAUCCUGAAGCUGGUGGCCACUCUUCUGGUUCUGCAGCUGAUGAGGGUGGAGAAGCUUCAGGAAGGCAAGCUGCUCUGCACCCUCUUCCGCCUGGACGACUCGUCUGAGCCCAGGCCUGCGCGCUGGGAGGAGCUGAAGAAGGCGGUGGACUGGGUUUGCUGGGCUGAUCAUCAGUACCCGUGCGUCUACAGCCGCCUUGAGUUCGGUAUGAGCUGGGAGUCCUCCACUCGUCAGCUGCUGGGCUACGAGCCUGUCCCUCACUUCUCUUCCCUCAGGGGUCUGACCCUGCAGAAGAACCCGGUCCCUCUGCUGGUCCACUGAGUCAGACGACCUGAUGGAGGUAGAAGGAGGAGGUCAUAGAGUACGGGAUUGAUGAUAAUUUAGAUGUAUGCUUAAUACCUUUUAAAUGGAAAGCUUUGAGACUGAGGUGAAUGCUUGAAGAAAAUAUACUCCAGUUUGUUGUUGUGUUUUUGAGCAUGGAGCUUAGGUUGAAAAGUCUUCAUCGCCUGAAUCAUGAAGGAUGUUUUUGUCUUUGCAGCACGCUCUGUUAUUGUAGCAGUGAACAGGGAGGUAACACUUAAUAUCUUUUAUCUUUUGUGUGACAUUGAAAGCUUUUAGAUCGCACAUCACUGACAUUAAUGUGCCUUUAGUUUGUGGUUCAUCUGACAUCCUCAAACUUAAAAGAUCCCAUCAAAUCAGAUCUCCUUUAAGUUCUUCUUGCCUUAAAUAUACACCUGACUUUUAAUCCACCUUUCAUUUCAUACGCAGUCAUCUUUACACAAUAUAUUAAAGGGAGUUAAAGUGCCAGGAAACACUGUGCGUGAGUUACAUGUGAUAUCGAAAGACCUAGGAGAAGUAACUUUACCAAAGUGCGAUCUAAAGAUAAGAAACUCUUCUGCUUCUCUUUUCUUUUUUAAAACUCUCAUCUUUCAAAUGAUGGCGUCUGAACUUUCAGGGCCUUUUACUAAUCUAUGUUGUUCCUCUUAUGGUCAGUGGUGUGCUUAGAAAAUACAUGCAAUGAAUGAAACUACAAUAGUUAAUCAUAUACAACAGAUUUGCACUAAACUGUAAUCAGAUGUGGCGUUAAUGAAGAUGUUUUCAUGUGUUUGUGGCAUCAUGAGCAAAAUUAAACUCUUUUAAAAUGUU